AUGGUGAUCUAUGAACCAGUGGACAAUCUUCAUCAUUGUAGUGCCAUUUCUAUAAGAUUCUUAGUGCAAAAGAAAAUGGAUCCUAGAGAAUUUACCAUACCGUAUACUAUUGGAUCACUGGAUUUUGUGAAGGCCUUGUGUCAUAUUGGGGCAAGUAUUAAUCUGGUGCCACUAGCAGUUUAUAAGAAGUUAGGUUUGGGAGAUCCCAUGUCCACUAACAUGAGACUUUUAAUGAUAGAUAGAUCAGUGAAGCGACCAGUUGGGGUGUUAUAUGAUGUGCUUGUGAAGGAGGCUAGUUUUAUUUUCACUGCAAAUUUUGUGAUCCUAGAUUGCAAGGUGGAUUUUAAGGUGCCCAUAAUCUUAGGUAGACCUUCUCUCAAAACUAGGAGUGUAUUGAUUGACUUGCAGGCAAAUAAGCUGCAGUUUAAGCUCAAUGAUGAGGUAGUAUAA